AUGGCGGUGGGCAAGUUCCAGCACCAGUUCCGCGACAGCCACGCGGCUUGCUACAGCAUCCGGCUGACCCGCGUCCUGCUCCUGAGCGUCCUCGCCCUGGUCGCCCUCCAGCUCUUCUUUGUCGGCGCCUACAACAACAGCUAUGGCUUCGACCUUAGCCUGCGUGGGCCGAGCAAAUACGACCGGAACCGCCUCGUGGCCGACCUCCUCGAGAUGAACACACUCAACGAGAUCUGCCUCAAUGCCAAGGACGCUGUGAUCUCGUUCCAAACCAACGGCACCAACCGGCUUCUCCUCACGCCCGAGAUGGACCACGCGCUGCUGCUGGAGCACUUGGGCGACUGCCACGACGUCGACGUCUUUCUUCCGUCGGACUUGCGCUCCCACGGCUACUGCGAAGACGGUAUGGCGUACGUCCAGUUCCUGCACGCGCGCGCCUUGCCACACUGGGUAUUCGACAUGCGCUUCCAGCGCGCCGAUGGGACGUUCACAACGUACUUUGAGCUCUGCCCGACGACGCCACUUGUGCUCAUGAACCACUACUGGCGCGGCGUCCCCGACAUGGCCAAGUUUCCCGAUGAGAAGCCCGUGGUUCUCAUGCCCAACAUUGAAAUGCACGAGCUUCGCGCGCAGCACUACUGGAGCGUCGACUACGUCCUCUGCAAGACGCGCGACUGCUACCGCCGCGUCGUCGCCUGGUACGCGCAGGAAGGCAACCCGCGCAAGACACGCGUGCUGUACACGCAGCACACGUCGUCAGAUCCGACGACGCUCACCAAGUGGCACUCGAAGCAGCACGCUGUCGAGCGCAUCAAGCCGCGGGACUUUCGCUCGCUGCGCUUCUUCCACGCCAACGGCCACAGUACGCAAAAGAGCACGCGGCAGAUCCUCGACUGCUGGGCUGGUCGCGACGACCUUCCGCCCUUGGAUUUGUACUCGCUCGACGAGUCGUCGCGCGACCAUUAUCAUGAGCUCUUUGCGAAUGCGACGCCGGCCAACAUUGCGUUUCAUUGGGGCGACGAUGUCAAUGCGGUCGCCUUCGGGAAGCUCCUCGCCGAAGCGCCCGUCAUUCUCUGUCCGAGCAAGAUGGAAGGCUUUGGCCACUAUAUCAACCAAGCACGCGCCUCGGGCGCGUUGGUGCUCACGACCAACGGCGCACCGAUGAACGAGCUCGUCGAUGCCAACUCGGGCGUGCUCAUUGCGGCCGACGUCAUCCCGAGCGCCGGACACCAAAUGCUCGCGCCCGACUUCAAGUACAAACACGGCCUGCGCAACGCCACGAGCAUGGAGUACGACGUGCACGGGAGCUACAUCUGCGAUGCGGUUGACACGGUCCUGAAGAUGCCGUCGUACGAACGCGAGCGGCGCGCGACGAAUGGCCGGGACCGGUACCUUGCGCAAAUCAAGUUCUUCCGCCGCAAAAUGGAAGAGCUCCUCAACGAACUCAAGGGCACCGGGACGUUCCUGAACGAAGUGCCCGACGACUUGGACGACGACCCCGUCGAGAAGACGUUGAGAAAGAAGAGGCAGCCUUAGACAUACGACCAUUAGAUAACACACCACACACAAGAGAGAGGGUGGAUCGAUGACAAGUA